CAACUUCAAGUUCGACUUAAGGAAACGGGCAAUGUCCAAAUGAUACAACGGGUGAAGAGAUAACUCAAGGAAUAUUCGAAUGGACGAGAGUUGAUGCAGAAAGUGUGCAGUUUAUCUCAUGUCCUUACAGCCCUCAACCUGAUGUCCUGAGAAAAAUUGCUAGUCGAAGUUGUUCAUGUCAGGAUAGUACAUGUAGGAAUCCACGAUGGCGAAAACCGGACACAAGACAGUGUGGUUAUAAAAUAGUAGAGGAUCCACCUAUUACAGAAACGCUUUCAAAAUUAUAUCAGUCAUUUCAUAAAGAAAAAAUGUCGGUAGUGAGUGUCACGAAGCAGUUGAAAUACAUCACCGGGAUAAAUGUCACGAUAUUUACCGUGGAUGACGUCAUUUUAACUACACUACUUCUGGAAAGAAUUGUAAUGCAGACUCAGGACUUAAACAAGACUGGCGUGAAUAUUGUUAACAUUGUUGAUAAUCUCCUAAAUGCUGGAUAUGAUAUCCUGACCCAGGGACAAAUGAAAAGCAACACUUCUGCGAGAAUUGUGAGAGUCCUUGAUACGUUUUUAGGCAACGUUUUCCUUCGUAAUGGAACGGCAUUUCGGCAAAAUGAAACAAACCUAGCUGUUUUUACAAAAGACUAUAGUCCCCGCGAAUUUCAAGGAGCUGGAGCUGCUUCAAUUAAUAAAAUUGUGAAGCAAAAUUUUGAAGUGUAUGACAAUGACAUGGAAGUAAAACAAAAUACGUCACAAGUGUCGAUCACACUGCCACAAUCAUUGUUUGAAAACUUAGACAUUGACUCAAACAGUCGAAAACAUCGAAUUUCUUUUGCAAUAUAUCGCUCUACUUUGAUUUUUGAGAGUUCGAGAAAAGCUUUAGAGAGUAUGUCUAUGAAAACUGUGCAUGUAAUGAAGAGUUACGUGAUAUCAGGCUCAGUGAAAGGGCAAGAACUAUAUAAUGUAACGGAACCCGUUGUCACAACAUACAAACCAUUAAAAGCAGCUGUUGAUGACUCGACAGCUUGCGUGUUUUUUAGUUUCAGUGCAAAUAACGGCAAAGGGGACUGGAAAUUUGAUGGAUGCUCCUUUCAAGGAUUAGAAAACGGCGUCGUCAAGUGUUAUUGUACACAUUUGACCAACUUUGCCAUUUUAAUGGUAAUGCAUUUAUUUUAUUAG